UCUGCAGGUAUAUCAACGCGCCGCAUUUCGAAUGUUUCGCGUGAAUGGGUGGGUGCACUCAAUAUCUUGUUCAUUCAGUCAUUCUUCUCGAUUGCACCGGCACAGACGAACCGAACGACCGACCGAACACCGUGCGGAUCGCUCACUAUAUGUCAGCUCACAGUACUAUUUUUUUUUCGAAAUCGUUCUAACGCGUCGGCCCUUGGAAGGGAACCCAAACCCAGAAACGAAACCAACAGAAAGUGAAAUUGUGCGUUAAAUUUUUUUUACUGUUUUCCCACAAGUGCGAAGCGAAAAGUGUAGCGGAAAUUGUGCAACUUAUUGGAUUGAUCGCCGGACGAUUGACUGGAUUUGAGUGCCAUUGAUCGAUCGAUCGAUCGGCCAACCAUUGACCAGCAACCAGAACCCAGCAAUGCCUGCAGAUCGGAGGAGCCUGCAAAUAUGAGGCACGCUGCAGGUUGAAGGCGCAAGGGAGAGAGAGAAAACAAACAAAUAAGCAAACAAACAAACGAGCGAAAAAAAAGCGACAAAAAAAAAUGAUGCCGCCAAGACUGCCAAAUAGCUCGGAGGGAGCGGCAGCAGCAGCAGCAGCAACGAAACGAUUAAUAGCGAGUCAAAGGAUUAGCAGAAAUAACAACAGCAACAGCAACAAAACAUUUCACAAGCGCAGACGAAGGCGAAGCAACAGCAACAGCAUCAGCAAUGAAGCGCCAUCUAGCGCCUAUGUGGCACUGCUGCUACUGGCCACCAGCUGCUGCCUAGAUGCCGCUUCAUCCUCAUCCUCAUCCUCAGCUUCAGCUUCAUCUUCCUCAUCUUCAGUAGCAGCAGCCUCAGCCGUAGCCGCAACAGUAUCUGGUGGCAUUGCCUCCAGCUCACCCUGCGCCCCACAGCACUGGUGGGAUCCGGUGCGGGACAGGUGCACCGCCUGCACCGUCUGCCAGGGCGAAAUGAUACCGCUGCGUCCCUGCCAGCUGCACACGAACACCAUUUGCGGCUCCAUCUACGACUUGAAGAUCGAUUGGGUCGUACUCGCCAAGACGGAGCCCAACUGGAAGGAGCGCCGAAAGUCGUCGGAGUAUGAGCACUUUGAGCCGGAUGCUGCACCGCUGCAGCAUUUGACGCACGAGCAGUUGCAGCAGCUGCACGAGGAGGCCGCUGCCGCCUGGGCCCUGGACUGGCAGACGGGCGUGCUCUAUGUGGCCGUGCUCACCUGCCUCAUCUUCUUCUCGGUGGCCGCCUGCAUACUCAUCCAUCACAUGCGGCAGUGGCGACGCAUGGAGCGGCGCUUGGAUCAAGAUGUGGAGGAGCUGUCGACCAAGCUGAUGGCGAAGCUGGCGGAGGUGCAGAGCCUGGAUGGCGGCACCUUCUUCAUUGGCAAUGCGGAUGCCCUGCGUGGCUUGCCCUCGGCUGCUGCUGCUGCCACGACGGCAGCGACGGCGGCACAGUCGGGCAUCUUUCAGCCGCAACAUGUGCUGCUGCCGGAAAAACACCAUCAGGGCAAGCAUCAGGAGCGACGCAUACUGAAGACGCUGCAGCCGGGCAAUGUGUACAUCGAAGAGAACAACGGAAUGAUGGGAAUGGGAAUGGGAAUGGGCAUGGGCAAGGGUUGAACGAUCGGCAUUGGAACGCGCGAAAGAGAGCAACAAGCAAGAGGAAAA